AUGGCCACCAACAUCACCUUCCACGCCAGCGCCCUCACCCGCGCCGAGCGCACCACCCUCCGCAACCAACAAGGCCUAACAAUCUGGCUAACGGGCCUGUCGGCCUCGGGCAAAUCCACCCUCGCCGUCGAACUAGAGCACCAACUCGUCCGCGACCGGGGCGUGCACGCCUACCGCCUCGACGGCGACAACAUCCGCUUCGGACUGAACAAAGACCUUGGAUUCAGCGAGUCCGACCGAAACGAGAACAUCCGCCGCAUCGCCGAAGUCGCCAAGCUCUUCGCCGACUCCAACUCCAUCGCCAUUACCUCGUUCAUCUCGCCGUACCGCAAGGAUCGUGAUACCGCGCGCCAGCUGCACGAGGUUGCGACGCCCGGUGAGGGCUCGGGUCUGCCGUUCGUGGAGGUUUAUGUUGAUGUUCCCGUUGAGGUUGCGGAGCAGAGGGAUCCCAAGGGGCUUUAUAAGAAGGCUCGGGAGGGGGUUAUUAAGGAGUUUACGGGGAUUUCGGCGCCGUAUGAGGAGCCCGUUAACCCUGAGGUUCAUAUUAAGAAUUAUGAGUUGCCCGUGCAGGAUGCUGUUAAGCAGAUUAUUGAGUACCUUGAUUCUAAGGGGUACUUGCCUGCUAAGAAGGAGUAG